AUGUCGGCUUGGGUGAAGGCGGCUCAGGGUCUGGAAGGGGCCUACCCGCCACCUCCAGGGCCCCCUCCCACGUUCACGCACCUCUCUCCCACCUGCUUGUUCCACCUGUCCCACAAGGUCACCAGGGUCGUCCCGGAAAGCGCUCUGCUCAUCGUCUUGGGCGUGGUGCUUGGCGGCAUCGUCUGGGCGGCCGACCACAUUGCUUCCUUCACGCUCACGCCCACGGUCUUCUUCUUCUACCUGCUGCCGCCCAUCGUGCUGGAUGCCGGCUACUUCAUGCCCAACCGGCUCUUCUUUGGCAAUCUGGGCACCAUCCUGUUGUACGCUGUCAUCGGCACCGUGUGGAAUGCAGCCACCACAGGCCUCUCACUCUACGGCGUCUUUCUCAGCGGCUUGAUGGGUGAGCUGAGAAUCGGGCUCCUGGACUUCCUGCUGUUCGGCAGCCUGAUUGCUGCUGUGGACCCCGUGGCUGUGCUGGCUGUGUUUGAGGAAGUGCAUGUGAACGAGGUCCUGUUCAUUAUCGUUUUUGGGGAGUCCCUGCUGAACGACGCGGUGACUGUGGUCCUGUACAAUGUAUUCGAGUCUUUCGUAUCUCUGGGCGGUGACAACGUGACUGGUGUGGACUGCGUGAAAGGCAUAGUGUCCUUCUUCGUGGUGAGCCUGGGCGGCACGCUGGUGGGGGUCAUCUUUGCCUUCCUGCUGUCCCUGGUGACGCGUUUCACCAAGCACGUGCGCAUCAUCGAGCCUGGCUUCGUCUUCGUCAUCUCCUACCUGUCCUACCUGACUUCAGAGAUGCUGUCCUUGUCAGCCAUCCUGGCCAUCACCUUCUGUGGCAUCUGCUGUCAGAAGUACGUGAAGGCCAACAUCUCGGAGCAGUCAGCCACCACCGUGCGCUACACCAUGAAGAUGCUGGCCAGCGGGGCUGAGACCAUCAUCUUCAUGUUCCUGGGCAUCUCGGCCGUGGACCCACUCAUCUGGACGUGGAACACGGCCUUCGUGCUGCUCACUCUGGUCUUCAUUUCUGUGUACCGGGCCAUUGGCGUGGUCCUACAGACCUGGAUCUUGAACCGCUACCGUAUGGUGCAGCUGGAGACCAUCGACCAGGUGGUCAUGUCCUACGGAGGGCUGCGUGGGGCCGUGGCCUACGCCUUGGUUGUGCUUCUGGACAAGGACAAGGUCAAGGAGAAGGACCUGUUUGUCAGCACCACGCUCAUUGUGGUCUUCUUCACGGUCAUCUUCCAGGGCCUGACCAUCAAGCCCCUGGUGCAGUGGCUGAAGGUGAAGAGGAGUGAGCAGAGAGAGCCAAAGCUCAAUGAGAAGCUACAUGGCCGGGGUGUUCAUAGAGCCCAGCAGGGAAGGGGGGUCUUGCCGGGCCAUCCCUUCUGUGGGGACCUCUGUCUGCCCUCACCCUGUGUGUGUGUGGGGGGGGGUCAGGGUCGGGCACUGGCCGAUGUUGUGUGCUGUCUGCCCAGGUGGUCCAACUUCGACAGGAGGUUCCUCAGCAAGGUCCUCAUGAGAAGGUCAGCCCAGAAGUCUCGAGAUCGGAUUCUAAAUGUUUUCCACGAGCUGAACCUGAAGGAUGCUAUUAGCUAUGUGGCUGAGGGAGAGCGCCGAGGGUCUCUGGCCUUCAUUCGCUCCCCAAGCACAGACAACAUGGUCAACGUGGACUUCAGCACACCUCGUCCGUCCACCGUGGAGGCCUCUGUCUCCUACCUCUUGAGGGAGAACGUCAGCACCGUGUGCUUGGACAUGCAGUCCCUGGAACAGAGGCGGAAGAGCAUCCGAGACACCGAGGACAUGGUCACUCACCACACGCUGCAGCAGUACCUGUACAAGCCCCGGCAGGAGUACAAGCACCUCUACAGUCGGCACGAGCUCACACCAAGUGAGGACGAGAAGCAGGACAAGGAGAUUUUCCACAGGACCAUGAGGAAGCGCCUGGAGUCCUUCAAGUCAGCCAAGUUGGGCCUCAACCAGAAUAAGAAGGCAGCAAAGCUGUACAAGAGGGAGCGCGCGCAGAAGCGGAGGAACAGCAGUAUCCCCAAUGGAAAGCUGCCGGUGGAGAAUCCCACACUCAGCUUCAUCCUCCAGGAGAAAGAGCUGGAGCUUUCAGAGCCGGAGGAGGCCCAGGACUACCAAGCAGAGGAAACCAGCGGGGGAAUCGAGUUCCUAGCCAAUGUCACGAAGGACGUGGCCUUAGACUCCCCAGCAGGCAUUGACAACCCGGUGUUCUCCCCGGAUGAGGAUCUGGACCCGAGCCUCCUGUCCAGGGUGCCGCCCUGGUUGUCCCCUGGGGAGACCGUGGUACCCUCUCAGAGGGCCCGAGUUCAGAUCCCCCACUCUCCCGGCAACUUCCGCCGUCUGACGCCAUUCCGUCUCAGCAACAAAUCGGUGGACUCCUUUCUUCUGGCCGAUGGCUCGGAGGAGCGGCCUCCUGGCGCUGUCCCGGAGUCCACACACAUGUAA